UUUCAUAGGUUAAGGUUAUGUUUACAUUCAUCCGGUCAGCACAGCAGUCGAUAUUCGUUCAAUUUACUUUAAUGCCAGUUAAUUUAGUGUACUCAAGAAAUUUUUUCAAGGCAGUACUUUUUGUUAAUCUGUUGGAUAAAGAACGUAUUUUUUCCAGUGUAGUGAAACUGUCGCUGUCUCAAAUGGCCUCAUUGUUUUUUGCAAUAUUCUCCGCUUCUGAAGUCUAUUCUUCUCUCGGCCCUCAAAAUUUUCACUCUAAUAUAGGCUCAAAUGGAAUUUUGCAGUGGUUUACAGGAGCAGCAUCUUCUUUAUUCUUAAACUGAAACGCUCUUUAAUUUUGGAGUUAUUGUUCACUAUUGAAUACUUGACCCUUUGGCUUUCAUGAUUCCAUCGCAGUCAUGGUUCGAAUUUGCCAUUAUCUGUUGCAAAUGAGAUUUUACUCUCUUGCCAAGCAUAGCUCAUUAAAUUUUCAACUUCUGAAUGCAUUGAAUUCUGCUAGAGCUGCCAAUAAUAUAAGUCUUCUUUGUCCAAGGUACAUUUCCCUUGCUCAAAUUAAAUAUCACAUACCUCCUAGGAGUACUAAAAUCAAGAAACAACCUGUCUCAUCAGUUAUCAAGAAACAACCAGUCUCAUCAGUUAUGUUUCAAGACCGCUUCUUCAAGUAUCUCAGGGAAAACAAUAAAUUCUUUACUGUUACUCCAAUAACAUCAGAUGAUAGUGUCAAAAAACUAAUGCUGACAGAAAUCAAAGAAGUGACCAGUACUGAGUUACCAGUUUUUAUUUCCACUGCUAUUGUCAAUGGUAAAUUGACAGAAACUUUGAAAGCACGGUUGGAUGAGGAAUGCCUUUCCAGAUUAUCAUCAUUCACAACUGACGAUGUUCUAAAAGUUGUUGAUGCUUGGCUCUACAUUGUUCCGCAUAUCCUGAACAAUUUGAAGUUUUAUCACGAAGCAAUGCCUUUGUUUGACCGCAUCCUGAGCAGCAAUGAUACAAGCUUGCCUGCAUUCGUCCAGACUUUUUACUACGUUAGUCUAUGUAAAGAUAAGAAUCUUGCAAGGGACAUUAUAAGGAAAGCUCUAGAUAAACUUCAGUCCUCUCAUAGUUUAAUGAGAGCUUUAAGUCUAGAUGAGCUGGUUAUAAUCUCCGUUUCCAUAUUUCGUACGAGCAACACCAUUUCAUCUCGGGCCUUAUUACGAACAAUUUCGGAUGGCAUUAUGACUAAUUUGCAAAGAUUAAUGAAAGAUGAUGCCUCAUUGGUUACAUUGAUUAAACCUUUGAGACCAGCUGAAUUCUAUGAUCUCAAAUUAUUAGAUGCUAUAGCAGCUAAUCUGUCAUUACUGAAAACAAAGAGCUUUAUCACUAAGAUUCAAGUUUUUGCACUUUUUGGGCAGUCCCUAUAUCCUGACAAAGAUUUCCUCCAAAAAUUUGCUGAUGACAUUGGCCACAGUUUAUUGGAUUUGCUGGAAAAUAAAGAGACAAUGGACAUCAGGAUAAAAGAUGUAUCAAGAUUUUUUUGGUCGCUAAGUUUUCUGAAUGUGAUACCGCAAGUUGAAAAUUUAGACAAAGAAGUCAUGGAGAAAAUAGAAGAUUGGAUCCUUGAUAAUCAAUUCAAUGAAUCCAACUUACAUUGGUUAAUCUCAAUAAUGUGCAGUAUUUUUAUUUUCAACUGGGAUUAUGAACAACUUUUUAGGAGAGUCUUCGACAGUUUUUCAGCACAUCAAUUGAACGUUCCUAAUCACUCAGCCAAUUUUCGGAACUUAAAUUUAUUGAUAGCUGGUCUCAGGAUUGAGGCUCCUUAUCUGGUUUCCGAAGACUUGACGAGUAUCCUAAGGCCAACUAUUGCUCCGACAGCCGUGAACCAUUUGCGAACAAGACCAGUUUUAAAGGAUGCUUAUAAAACAGCCUGGUCACUUACAAAGGACCAUAAUGUAACUGAUAUUUUGUGCCAUUUUAACAUUCCUCACGUUCUCAUACUGGGUCUAACGUUCUAUACGCCCAAAAGAAACCUUCUGAACAUUGAAGUUUUGGAUAGGAGCAACUGUUUACUGACCUCAAAUAUCCCCCACGGAUUGAUGAGCCUAAAGUUGCGAUUAUUGAAGCAAUUGCAUGAGCACAUUCUUAUCAUCGACUCAACACGACUUUCCAAGGACAACAAUUUUCGAAUCAUGUUUGAAAAGAAAAUUAGAGAGGUUGAUGGUGUCGAUUAAAAUUUUGGCCGAGAUAAGAGUGGGUUUCUCCUGUGAACAAAACUUUUGACAAUCAUCAGUGUAUUUUUCAGGGGCGCGUCAGUGCACUGUUGCAAUUUUUCCUGGUACCAGAUUUGAACUAAGGACCUUCAACAGAGCACCGACUUAAUGCCGGAAAAACAAUAUCAUGUGGCCAAGGAGGAGGCUGAGUGGAUCACCCCCUUUCUCCCCACAGAUGAACUAUAUGAAAGGCAGUUUUUUUUUACUAGAGCUCUCUUGGCAUGGGGCAUUAAUAAAUGCUGACUUCCUAAUCAUGAAAUUAAUUGUAAGUUAGGUGUCAGGAGUAUUUUUUGUACUUUUUGAGCGUACACCCAACACAAUUAUAGAAAAAAGAAACACAAACUAGACAAUUAAAUUUGAUUUGAUCGUUAA